ACUGACGUUCUGCAGAUAAGUGUUUCCGUCCGGAUGACAUUUUCGUCGCCCAGCUGUCUGUUUACACCGCAACGUGGGUAAUUCAGACACAGGUUUUAUGGCAGAUGAGUGAAGAUAAAAUAGAAAACUUUUGAUAUUGUUUUUCUACCUGAUAAAAUGGGUAAAAAGCGCCAAAGUGAAGACUCUUCGGAGUCUAACACUCCGGCGAAGAAAGAGAAAGUCCUGGAGUUCAACGGGACUGUUUUUAAAGCCAUGCUAAAGGAAGCUACCACCGCUAUGAAGGGACUGGAGACGUUCAUAUCCACCGCUAAGAAGCUGCCCUCCUCUGACCUGUAUGAUGUGGUGGAAGGGUACAUUAAGAUCUCCAUGGAGUGUGCAGAGAUAUUCAAGCUGCUGGAGGGAGAGAAGCACGAGGAGACGGAGUUGAUGCUGAUCUUUGAGGGUUUGGAGAUGAUCCUACUGAGGACAGCCAGUGACCUGUCCCACUUCAACAUGGUCGGCAACGCCAUCGUGAAGAAGACAGUUUCCAGCUACAUGAAGCUUGUGCAGGGAUCUCUGCAUUCAGGGAAUCACAGGUUUGUCCGUCAGUGCCUUGGCCUCCUGUCCGCCCUGGUGUCUCAGGGCCCAGAAGCUGCCAGAGAAGUCUUCAGUCACAUUCACAUCAACAAGGCUCUGUCUGGACUGGCAAAGAGACGGGAUAAGAAGGGACGACCUGAUGUCCGCAUGGCUUAUAUCCAGUUUGUCCUCUCCUUUUUGGUGUCUGGAGAUAAUGCAACAGUUGGACAGAUAUUAGAGGUCAAAGAGCUCCUGCCAGAGAUCCUGAGUACGGGUCUGAAGGAGGACAGGAUGUCUCUCGUCAAUCUGAUCCUGUCCACACUGAAGACUCGAGUUUUACUGAACAAGGCCUUAAGUAAAACACAGAAAGUGCGUUUUUUCACACCUGCUGUUUUGUCAAACAUCGCUUCUCUGUAUAAAUGGAACGGGAUUGUUGAUGCGACCACUGAUGAUAACAGAGUGGUGGAGAACUCAGAGCAUCCUGGGAAAUCUGUCAUCCGCGAUCUCGCUCACAGUUUCCUUCUUGACCUUUGUUGCUCUCGUAAACAUGGCAUCACCUUUCAUGAUGCCAGCUUUGGCACCGCUGGCAGAGCUGGUAACAUUGUCUUACUUCAGUUCUUGGUCGGGCUGAAACAGGCGACAGAAGACGAACUGGUGGCAGAGCUGGUGGUGAACAUACUCAAAGCCUGUCCUGAUAUUCUGGCCAGAUACUUUAAGGAGACCCAGUAUUCAUACACACCCCGCCUCAAAAGUGCUUGGCAGGACAAUGUCAGGUUACUGAAAAAGAUCUACCAGGCCCAACCAGAGCUCUCCACCGUCUUUCCAGCCUCUGAGGUCCUCCCCCUCCCUCGCCUUCUCUCCAUCAUGAUGGUGGUCUCUCUCCCUCCUGUCUGCAACAAGGCCUUCUUCACACAGGGCCUCAGUUUUAAUAACACAGCAGUGCAGCUCACAACUCUGUCCAUGACGAAUUUCCUCUUGAAAAGAGCCAGUAAGAACAUAGAGUACCUAUCGGAGGUGCACAACUUGGAUGUUUACACUGCUGACAUGAUGGUGGACUUGGUGCAGCAGUACAGGGAGACACUCAGCAAGAUUUUGCCUGAUAUGACGAGCAUCGUUGCAAAGUGGCAGUCGCUUAGCAAGAAGGAGAAGACGGAGGGGGGAGACAAAAAGACCAAAACCGAGGGGAGCACUGAGAAGAUGGAUAAUAAAAAGGAAGAACCUGUUGCAGAGACAGCUGAGGUCAUCAUGCUCAAGGCUCUGAUCCUUCAGGUCAUUUGUCUUUACCAGAGAGUGGUGCCACAUCUGGUCAACCAGUGCAAAUUUGACUUCAGCAAGCUCUUUAAAGGCAUCGUGUCAGAGAAAGGAAUGAGACAAGAAGUCCCUCCAGUGUUGCAGUAUCAGAUAUUGCAGUUGGCCCUUGAUCUCCCUGCAAGCAAGUUCUCCUGGUUCCGCAUACAGGAUGCUGGAGAUGCAGAUUCUUCUUCUGCAGAGAAGUCGGUGCUGUAUUUGCUUCUCCAGAUGUUUGUUAGCAGCAGCAGCAGCCACCUGAAGACCUCCACACGCAUGCUGGUUCUCAAAGUGCUGAAGGACAGUGGUGUGUUCGAGUACAGCUGGACUGAGCUCAAUCUCUGGCUCGAUCAGUUGACCAGAGUCGAGCCAAAGCACCAAGAGACAGUCAUCCUGUUCUUGGAGAGGGUGUUGGUGAAACUUGUGUGCAGCUCCUACACUUACACAGAUAAGGUUGCCAGUCUGGUGCAGGAGGCAGCUUACAUGCAGGCUAACCUGAGUAACCAGGAUGGUGAUGCUGCAAGUAUCCCUGUGUCUCACAUCGAUGACGUCUUGGACAUGCUUGAUGUCAUUAUGGAGGGUAACGACGGUGAAAUGGAGGAGUUUGGUCCGUCUCUGAGUGAAGACCUCAUUAUACAAACCUUCCCCUUCAGUGUGGUGGUACCUGCUGCUCUGGAGGCCCGGAACAAACUUCCAGAAAACAAAGGUGUUGUGCAUGAGUACUUGUCCGCUGUGCUCACUGACGUGCUGCACUGUCAGAGAGAGCCGCUGCCCCUCUGUCUGGCUCUGCUGCAGUAUGACAAAGAGCUUGUAUCCUCCACACCCUCUGCUUCUCCUCAUCAUGCCAUCAUACACCUUCAUCAGUAUUACUCCCAGUGGUUGCCGCAGCAGUGCCAGGAGGAACUGUUCAAGUCUUAUGAAUGCCAUUCAGAGGAAUCCCCAAAUACCAACUCAUACACCGCGCUGAUGAAAGCUGCGUAUAGCCAGGGACCGAGCACUCUGCUUGAAGAAACCUUCAGGAAGAACGUGGAAGAAACGUCAGCUCUCAUGUCGAUGGAUGAGUUCCCAGUAGCAAUCAAGCAGAUCCUACUCUACAUCAAAUCAACAGUGGAAAACUUUGGCACGUUCUCCAAAGACACGGGCGCUGCCCUUUUGACGACCUUAAUGGGACAACUCCAGGGUUUGGUGACAAAGCUACAAGGCUUUCAGGAGACCAAAGAAACAGAGCCAGCAGAAGCAGAGAACCUCCAAGUAGGAUCAGAGCUUUUCCUGGAACUCAACCAGUCGCCCGCAGUAGAAGCCAAUAAAGAGCAGAUGCUUGUUUCGGCUCUUGGCUCGAUCUUCAAGCAUCCGUGUUUGGAGCAGUGGUUUCUGGCUCUGGAGUUGUCUGCUUUGCCUCCUCACACUCUGAACCCUGUCCGACUAAAGAAUCUGUGUGCUCAUCUGACCGAUCACACUCUGGCCCUGCUGAAGACCAGCGCCCCAGUUCUUUGUGAUCUCAGUCACCUGGAGCUCCUACACAGCUACAUGGGGGCAGUACAGAGAUCUGUUCUCAAGGAAUUAAUGGAGAACGCCUCUAAGGCCCCAAAGAAACAGUCCAGAUGUUUUCAGGCCCUCCUGUCUCUGCACAGCUACAUGGACCCCUGUAAUCUGAGACAGGUGGUGUCCAAGUUGCUGCUUCUCCCUCAGGAGAGCCUCAUCUCUCCUGGCAGCAAGGGCACACAAGCCAAGCUGAGUGUCUACGGCCAUGCAGCACUGCAGAUCCUCACAGAGAGUAAAUCCAACCCCUCCCAGGACCACAGCAUCUUUCUGACACAGGCGCACCUGCACGGCCUGAGCACCCUCCUGUUGUCCUGCUCCAGUCCUGCGCUGGAAGAGUUUCUGCUGCAGGCUGUGUCCAGCGAGCCUGGCAGUGCCAGACUGAUCCACACUGACGUGCUGCUGCACUGUCUCCAGCAGCCCGUGUCAGCCACUCAGGCCAUCAGCUCUCUGCUGCUGCAGAACUCCUCCACCCACCGCCUCUGCUUUGAGGUGUGGUGCUUAGAGCCUGCAAACAUGGAGCAGCUCUCAAACCAUACAGAAACAGUUCUUCCACUGAUCAAUACCUACUUACAAGUGGCAAGUAGGGAGGACCCAGCCAGACCCAAAGAUGUGCAAAAAGAAGUUUUAAAAUCCCUAAAGGAAGAACUGCUCCCCAAAUUAUCCCAGUGCAUUCUGGGAAACCUGACAGAAGAUUCUGGUGCACAGUGUGUUCAAGCACUUGCCAGUUUGAUCAAACUCUCUGCAAACACCAAAGACAUCAGGGAUUUGAUCAACGACCUGCCCAAUGCUCUUCAGAAAGUGGACACUUUUGAAAGAUGGCAACUUGAAGAAGUCAUCACUGAGAAACUGGCUGAUUUCCCAGAAGAACUAGAAACCUGGAGGAAGUCUGUCACAACUGCUGCCGUCAAGUGUCUCAUCAACUCUUUUAGUCACUGUAAAGAUCAGGCUACCGCUCCGUCAGAGCAGGAGCAGAGCUUACUGGAGAGACUGCAGAGACUCCUAACAUCAGCCGAAGACAUCACCGCAGCUGAAUGGAACGGUUUCGUCAAGAACGGACUGAAAUAUCGGUACAGAGAUCAUCACUUCCUGGACACUUUGAGCAGCCUGUUGAAAGUGAUGUAUGGCGACAGUGAAGUCCAAAAGGACCUGAUACCUUUGUCGACCCUUCACAUGAUGAUCAGCAGCCACUCUCUCUUCCUGCCCACCAUGCUAGACUCGGACGAAGAGCCCAGCAAAUGUCAAGCGAAAGAAGCGUUAGUGUCCCUUCUUCUCUGUCUGGUGAAGAAAUGCCCAACAGUCUGCAACAGCAAUCACUUUGUCAUAUUAUUGGGAGCAUAUGGCGCUACGCUGAACACUUCAGAUCAGAAGUUGUUACUGCUUCUUCAGGAAUAUGAAAGAAACCAAGUCAGUCUGCUGAAGUUUCAAUCCUUCCUGUGGGGCUCAGCAGCUGUGGAGCACCACAAGACCAGGACGAGUCUGGGAGCAUCUCUGUGGAAGCAGGAGAGCUCUGACGACCUAUUGGCUCUGCUGAAAACUGAAAGGAUGCUCCAAACCAUCGCGCAAUUUCCACAGCGACGUAGACUCAUCCUACAGGAAGGCAAUGAGCUGCUGUCCAACAAUAACACAGUGACAGACCUUGGGAAUUUGUAUGAUCCCUGUUUUCUUCUGCCUCUAUUCAGUGCCAUACUUCAGCCGGAAUGUGUGAUUGACUGCCUCAAGUUUGUGUCCAGCCACGCUCUGGGAUUUACUGUAAUGUGUCUAAGUAGCUUCGACCCGAAGGUGAGAGCAGCAGCGUACCACGUGCUGAGCUGCUUUUACCAACACCUGGAGGGCUCUCGGUUCAGGGAGAAGAGACAGCUUCUGUACCUGAUGGACAUGGUGAAGAAUGGGAUUAAAAAUCCAAAUCAAAGACUUCCCUUUGUCCUGACCACCUACGUCACUAAAGGAGCUCAGCAGAUGCUAAAACCUGAGGACCACAUGUACGUGGUUUUAAACCGAUUCCUCCUGUCCCAUCAGAGCUUGGACUUCAGAAGAGUCCCAGAGUUCUUCAAGCUAUUCUAUGGUUUUGACUUGGAGCACAAGAUGGAGCGGGAGUGGAUCCUGAGCGUGCUGGAGGAAGGGAUAAGUGAUGGACACUGCUACGAAUUGUGUGAGCAACAAGGCAUCUUCAGGAGCCUUUUAGGCUUCAGCAGCAGUCCCCUGUGUGAUGAACACUCCCAGGCCCAGAUUAUCAGGGUGUUGUGCCAGGCCGCCCGUGUGAACAAAGCAGCUUAUAACCUCACCAAAAGCUGUGGACUCCUAACCUGGAUGAUACAGCUGGUUGAAAAAAGGAAUCGAGACCUCCGUCUGCUCAGUGCCGUCAUAGAGCUGCUCCACGUGCUGUGGUUUACAAACCUUGGGCAGAAGGAGAAGCAGGUGGAUGCUGCUAAAACCUCUGCAGAAGAGAAACCUCCGAGCUCAGUGAAGUGUCUCCCUCUACCACUCAUCUGUGAAUUCCUGUGUGCGACGUUGACUAUCAGCAGACACAUCAGGUUGGCGGGUCUGAAGGCUGCUCAGCUCAGCAUGUAUCUGCAGACCCUGUGCUCCAUACUGAAGCAUCGUGGGACAGCUCUGGAUGUAAACAAAGAGGCCGAGCGACUCUCACUGCUUCCGCAGCCUCUCUCCUGUGCCGAGGUCCUCGUCCUGCUCGUCUGCUGGGCCUCGCUGUCGGGCAACAAGGAACUCUCUACCCAAAUACAAGUCCUGUCUGAAAAGCACAAAGUGAAGGCAUUGCUGGGGAUGGGGAGAGAUAAGGCCAGGGGUAAAGGCUCCUUUUCCCAGGGCCGCACACAGAAAGAGACCCUGGCUGAAGAUGCUGAAACUGAGAAUCCAGGAGAGGGUCCCCUGACAGCUUGUAGACUAAGCCUCAGCAGUAUCCUGCUUCACUGGGAGCCUGUGUUUCCUCCCUCUGAACCGCAGCAGGUUCAGCCAGGAGACAAACUGGAUCCCAGUCAGCUGGCCAGUGAUGCUGCGCACCUGCUCACCAAGUGGUCCCUGAGGUGCUUGGUGGAGGCCUCGUAUGAUGAGAACAGAACAAAGAGCUUCUUGCGCUGGGUUGAAACAGCUGUGAUAAAACACAGGGAGAUUUUGGAUGUCAUGCUGCUCGAUUUCGGCUUGAAAGCUGACCUCCUCCGCCUCUACCACCGGGCCUUUGAAGCUCAUUGUGACUCGAGCAUUUUGGCAAGAGUGGAAACCUUCCAGCGAUUUACCAACAUUAUGAUUCGCUUACUCGAGGCCCAGGGCCAGCUUCCAGAUCUGCAUCAGGCAGUCGUCUCCGCCUGCCUGCCAGAGGCCGCUCAUGAUUCUUCUAGAUGUGAUGCAGGGCUGCAUCUGUUGUCGUUGUACAUUCAUGAGCUGUGGAGCGGAGCCUCAUCAGCAGAGCUCUUCCUGUCUCAUGUCAGUUUGGUGUCCAAGUGUAAGAGAGAGAAAGAAUCCAAACCAGCACAAACAGCCGUCAGAGCCAUCUGUGAAGACAUCAUCAGCUGGAAGAGUUAAACACAACUGUGUUCUUUUAAAGACAGCUAAUUAAAAUAAUAUUUGUACUCUUACUUUUUUUGUUACUGUAAAAAAUAUUUUGUAAAACCCUCUGUUAUUUGAUCGUUUACAAUAAAUGUGUAAAUGUGUUUUUAGCAAAUGGUCCUUGUGUUACCUAUUGUUAAAAAUCUGUAUACAUAAAGUAUGUUGAGUACAUUCAAGAAGAAGAUAGUGAAGCUGAUUACAAUGAAUAGCUCUCAGAAUCAAGGGAUCUCGUGAACACACGCUGCAGCUUCAAGUACAGGAUAAUAGUUUUUUGUUAUUUAAUGGUAAAGGAAACCUUGCAAUUAAA